GAGUGACACUAAUUUCAAUUAAACAGAAAUUGCUUUUACAUAGGAGAGUGAAGAAAAAGAAGAGCAAGCUCAACACAGAGAUGGAAUGGAGGAAGUGCUACUUGGAUGUGAUAUUGGUUCCCUUUGGAUUUCUUAUAAGCAUUGGUUAUCAUUUCUGGCUGUGGCAUAAGGUUCGAACUCAGCCACACACAACCAUCAUUGGCAUCAAUGCUAGUGGCCGUAGAAAUUGGGUUAAUGCCAUGAUGAAGGACAACGACAAGAAAAACAUCCUGGCCGUUCAAUCACUAAGGAACACAAUCAUGGGUGCCACCCUAAUGGCCACAACUUCCAUUCUACUUUGCUCAGGUCUAGCAGCAGUCAUAAGCAGCACCUACAGUGUAAAGAAACCCCUAAACGACGUAGUGUAUGGGGCACAUGGGGAGUUCAUGGUGGCACUAAAAUAUGUGACACUCCUCACAAUUUUCCUCUUCUCAUUCUUUUGCCACUCACUUUCCAUAAGGUUCAUAAACCAAGUUAACAUUCUAAUCAACACCCCUCAAGACCCCAUGUCACUUGUGACCCCAUCAUACAUAAGUGAAAUCUUAGAGAAAGGUUUCAUUCUGAACACUGUUGGAAACAGGCUCUUCUAUGCUGGACUUCCUCUUUUGCUUUGGAUCUUUGGGCCUGUUUUGGUGUUCCUUUGCUCUCUCACUAUGGUCCCAGUGCUUUACAACCUUGACUUUGUGUUCACUAGUCCCAAGGGAAAGGUCGACGUGAAUCAAAACAGAGAUUUUGUAUGA